AUGGUUGCAGAAUUAUUGGAUUUGAAGGAGUAUGUGAAGUCUCAAUUUAUUGUUGUUACUGCUUUGUUUUCUGCUAUGCAGGAGAAGUUUGACACUGUUUUUGUGGAUGCUUUUGAUAAAGAAGUGUUGUUUAUAUGUGAAGAGAAUGAUUCUGAUGAUGAUGAUAAAGGGAGUGACAACGAUCAUGAGAAGAGUAAUGAAAAUGAAGAAGAGGCUAACGAGGAAGAAGAAGAGGAUAUUGGGAAAGACGAAGGCGAGGACAAGGGGGAAGAUAGAAAUUUUGGUGUAGAUAUUAAAGGAAAGCAAAAUGAGAUUAGUGAAGAAGAUGAUGAUGAGGUUGACAAUGAAGACACUGAGAGUGACACGGAACAUAAGGUGGCUGAUGUUGUAGCAACUGUAUCUGAUGUUGUGAAACUUAUGAAGGAGCGUGAAAUUGAUGCUUCUAAUGAAUCUAUGGAUUUUAGAGAUGAUGCAGCUACUUUUUCUUAG